AUGUUCAGACUUGCCCUUUCCAGAUUACCUACUUACGCGCCCACCGCAACUAGAGCAUUUUCAACUUCCCUUGCAUCAAGAUCUGUGGUUGGUAAAACCAAAGAGGUUUUAAGCAAGGCCAACGAGAAAGUGGGCAAAGUAUUGGCCGAUGGCAUUGACACUGCUGAAACCACAGCGAAGAAAGCUUCAGAAAACGUGCCUAAUCCUAAGGAAGCCCUAGAUAUCACCAACAAGAAGGUUGGCGAGGUUUUGGCCGACGGCAUUGAAACUGCCGAAUCUGUCACUAAGGAUGCUCCUAGUGCUCAAGAAGCUUUAAACAAAGCUGGCAACAAGGCUGAAGAAGCCAAGGAAACUUUGGGCAAAAAGGCUGAGAAUGCCAAGGAGACCUUGGGCGACAAGGCCGAAGAAGCAAAGGAAACUUUGGGAGACAAGGCCGAAGACGUUAAGGAUUCGGCGGUCCAGGCCAAGGAAAGAGCUAGAGUCGAGGCCAAUCACGCUGGAUACGAGAGUUUGGCUGACAAGGGUUCUAAGGUCGAGUUGGAGCAACAGCGCCCAGACGACGCUGUCGGAAGAUAA